CAAUUAUCAAUUGUGGAGCAAUAGACAAGCGUUCUGCUUAUGGAUCAGUCGUCCGCACGCUCAGUUAUUCAAUAGAUUCGGCAACGGUUAGUCGUACGGUCAAUUGAGCUAAGCUCAGUUGCGUUUAAUUUAGAGUGAUCAAAACCGUACAAACAAUUUGCGCCUAACAAAGGAAUAUUCUAUUUUUCUCGUACAAUUUUACUAAGGCUCAAACCUGGAAAUUAGAAUAGUGCGAAAUUAGCCUGAAUAAUAUUAGAAAAAUUUCGUCGUUCCUUGGGAAAAAACAACAACAACAACUGGCUAAUCUUGUCGAAAUCGGAGUGAAUAAACAACGUGAAUAAAGUGCAUUAAUCAACGGCUCUUUUUAUGCAAUUAUGCGCGGAAUUGGCAUGUGACAUUAGUUUUCAAGUGCUUUGUGUGUGAAAUGAGCGUAUCGCCGUUGUUGUGCUUGUCUAUGCCGUUGUUGUGUAUGUGUUGAAAAGUGCUCAAAACUCAAAUCAUUUCCUAAUUAAGAAAAAUCAAUCCAGAUUAUGAAAGAGAGAAAGAAAGUGUAUGUGUGAGCGGAGCACAAAAAACCAACAACAUUCUGUGAUUUGACAUUUUGUUCAGUUGCAAUAACGCACUGAUUUUUGAGUAUCUAUCAAAGAACUCGUGAUAGAGAGGGAGAGAGGCAAAAAAGAAACAGAAACGAAUAAGAGAAACAAAAUGGACCGUUGUGGUGUUCAGUGUUGGCAUCCGAAUUGGUUGCGUAAAUUCGCAACGACACGAUGGUUUAUGAUAGUUUAUGGGUUGUUGGGCACAAUUCAGGCCACCAGUUAUUUGUACUUUGUUAUCACAUUAACAACAAUUGAAAAACGCUUCAAAAUACCCAGCCAAACGACAGGAAUUAUUUUGAGUGGUAAUGAAAUAUCGCAGAUUUUAUUAUCACUGAUCUUAACAUAUUUUGGUGGUCAACGAAAUCGACCCAGAUGGAUUGCAUGGGGUGUUGUUUUCAGUGCAUUGUCGUGCUUUAUUCUCGCCUGGCCGCACUUUAUUUAUGGCGCCGGAGAGGAGGCGUAUGAACUAACAGAGGAGUAUUUGGCUGAAUAUAAAAAUGCUACAUCGCAUAUGCUUUCGAAACCGGUGGAUUUUAAAAGUAGUAAAUUAUGCAGAACUACCAUGGAAAAGAUCUACAAAUGUGAUGAAAAGUUUUCGUAUGUUCCGCUGGUGUUGAUAUUCAUGUCACAAUUCGUGCUCGGGAUCGGUAACACAUUAUAUUAUUCGCUUGGCCAGUCCUAUUUAGAUGACAACACCAAGCAACGAAACACACCGUUAAUGUUGGCCUAUGCAUUUUCGAUGCGUAUGAUCGGGCCGAUAGUUGGAAUCGCUCUUGCUUAUUUAAUGAUGAGUAUUUACAUUGAUCCCACUUUGACGCCAGUCAUUGCAAGAGAUGAUCCUCGAUGGUUGGGUGCUUGGUGGCUUGGAUGGAUUCUACUUGGUGUGCUGAUGUUCAUUUUUGCUGGAUUGAUCGGUUUGUUCCCGAAACACUUGCCGAAGAAGAAACAAUCCAUUGAACACGAAAUCGAUGACGAAAAAUGCGAUCAGAAAGUUGAGACAGUGGAAAAAAGAUCGACCAAAGAGAGAAAGGAUGGGGAAUUGAAAGAUUUCCCAAAGGCAUUGAUGCGACUGCUAACAAACAAGGUGUUAAUUUUCAACAAUAUGUCAUCUAUAUUCUAUAUCCUUGGCGCAUCCGGUUUCAUGAUAUUUAUGGGCAGAGUGAUGGAAGUUCAGUUCAAUAAAACAUCACACGGUGGCAGCAUAUUCACUGGUCCCAUGACAAUCAUAGGAACGGCUGUCGGUCUCUUGACAUCCGGUUAUGCUAUCACAAAGUAUAAGCCACCGCCAAAGUAUUUAUUCUUUUGGAAUGUGAUGAUUGGAUUGAAAUCAAUGUGUGUCGCAUUAUUGUACACUCAACUGGGUUGUGAGAAUGGUAAUAAUUCGCUGUUGGUUAACGGAACCAUUAUUUCGUGCAAUUCGAAUUGUGCAUGUGAUGGAGUCGCAUACAGUCCAGUAUGUGAUCGCUUAACAGGUACAACAUAUUUUUCACCGUGUCAUCGGGGCUGUAGAGUAUUCGAUGAAGAACAAAAAUUUUACAAAGAUUGCUCGUGUAAUAUCCAAGCAUCGAUAACUAAGAGAUCCGCUGCCGAAUUUUUAGCUAGUCAUAUGUUUAUGGAAAGCUCCACAAAUCAAGCCACAUUGAAUGGUGAAGCAAAACCAACCGAAAAACGCAUCACACUGGAAGAUGUUUAUGAUGAAGAGCUAAAACCUGAUAAACCACCGCAUGACGACGAUGUUGUUAUCGACGGAAAUCAUCUUUAUGACGAAAGUAAAGUGUAUGAAGUGGCAAAAGUGGAGGCAAACAAGCGAGAACGUCGAAAGCAUACAGAUCAUGAACAUAUUUUUCCCGGAGCAUGUUUCGGUGAUUGCACAUUUGCUUAUAUCGCCUUUUCGAUUAUUUCAAUGUUCUCGAGUUUGAUGUCAUCCACCGGUCGAAUUGGGAAUGUUCUGCUAAAUUUCCGAGCAGUUGAACCACGUGACAAAGCAUUUGCCCAGGGAUUAUCGCUGUUUAUGGUCAGUUUAUUCGCGCUAAUCCCCGGUCCAAUCAUUUUCGGUGUAGUCAUUGACAGCACAUGCUUGGUAUGGGGCUACAAAUGUGGACGACGCGGCAACUGUCAACUGUACGAUCCAAUCAAAUUCCGAUACUUUUUACACUCGAGUGCAGCAGUGUUCACGUUUCUUGGUGCAUUUUUUGACCUUCUGGUGUGGUACCAUGCUAAAAAUUUGGAUUUGUAUGGUGACAAGACCACCGAUGGCACACCAAUCAAACCAGUGGAAAAAGAAAAAGACGCUUCACCCGAAAGUGAGCCACUGAACAAAUAAUACCAAAACAAUGCGUUAAGGA